AUGUCGACUACCAUUACCGCGGCCACUCAGCCAUCUGUUGCCUCCGUGCCAUUGGCAGCAGCAAAAAUAUAUACAAGCUGCGUGCCGAAUCUCGACUUUGUCCCUCCGCCGGAUUUCAAAAUACCAGAGAGCCUGCAACAGGUUCCCAUCAAUCCCCGUGGUCCUACUGAGAUUCCUUUGAAAACUCAGCAUGACUACAGUACACAGGACUACAAAGACAAGGCCUUUUUGCCUUACAAUACGUUAACUUCUGAAGAUCCACUUACUCCAUACGAUCACAUAGAUGUCGCUUUGCGUGCAGACCCUGAGAAAAAGGCGCUCUUUGCAGCAAUUCCCUCUAAAAAGGACAUGACUCCAAACAUCGGGACCGAGGUUCGCGGUUUACAGCUUACGAGUUUGACGAGCCAGCUGAAGGAUGAACUUGCUUUCGAACAAAACCAAUCUUUGGUCCGUAAGCACCCGGUUACGGGCCGCAAGGCUCUCUGGGUUAACCAGGAAUAUACGACGAAGAUUCUUGGAAUGAGGAAAGCGGAGUCAGACAUGUCGCUCAAUUUCUUGUUUGACCACAUCCAUCGCGGGUUGGACUUUCAAACACGUGCAAAAUGGGAGAAUGGAACAGUCGUCGUUUACGACAACCGCAUGGUGCAACACUCAGUCACGCUGGACUAUCCUUUGGGAAAUGGAGCCAAACGUCAUUUGGUCAGAGUAACGCCUCAAGGCGAGGUACCAAGUCUGUGA